AUGCAAGACUGCAGCCGCUACAUUGCACCAGCGCUCGUCAUGUACCUCCUCACCAAGUGCCUCGAUGGCAAAGGCAUCAUGCUGUUGGCGCAAGGACUGAUUGUUGCGGCAGGAGGCUUUUCCUACUACCAGGGAUACACCAAUCUCAACGAGCAUCUCACAAAGAUCACCUUGAGCAAACCACGGAAGUGGCUGAUCACUGGCUUCAUAACGAAACUGGGCUGGAUGCUGGGCGGCACAUUCCUGCUCAUCCGGUUUGUCAAGCGCUUCAUAGUGCCCAUCACGGUCAGCUACCCGUUCUACACUGGGCCGCUGUAUGUGCUUGCCCCUGCUGCCGCCUUCAUCAAGCAGCAUCCGGAGGUUGCUGCUGCAUGCUACGCGGGGGCAGAUGACGUGGCAGCGGAGGGAGCCAGCAUGGCACAGAUGCUUCAGGCGCUGCUGGCAGAGAGGGUGCAGCUGCGCUGCAAGGUGGACGACCUAGCCAAGCAGCUGAGCGCCGUGGAGGACUACUCCGGUGAUGACAGCGCCCAAAACGUCCUGCUGCGCCGAAUGGGCGAGGUGGAGGGCAAGCUGUGCCAGCUGGAGGCCAUGGAGAAGGAGGACAGAAUCAUGAUUGACGAGCAGCUCUUCUGGAAGCUGCCCGACGGCACGCGCAAAUCACGCAUGGGCAACGUCGAGGAUCAGAUCGACUGCGCUCAAGCCGCCGAGGGCGCGCUGGCCACCCGGCUCGCCGCUGCAGAAGACAAAUUUGUGCAGCUGCGGCGGCGGCAAACUGAGGCAGCGGCGGCGCUGCGGUCCAGGCUGGCAGCUGCAGAAGAGAAGCUCGCGCAGCUGCAGGACAAUCCCCUUGACAGUGGGAAACCUGAUGCAGCGAAUCCGCUGCAAGACAGACUCGCCGCUGCCGAGGAGAAGCUUGUGCAGCUGCAGGAGAAGGCCCACGGCAGCAACGGCGCCGUUGCAGCUCCAGUGGAUGCGUUGCAGGCCAGGCUCGCCGCUGCAGAAGGAACGUUGGCCGCGCUGCAGAACAGCAUGUACGGGGCACUGCUAGGGGAGUCCCACGUGCGGGCUGAGCUGCCGUACAGGAUGGACCAGGCUGAGGAGGCAAUCAUGCGCUUCCACACAGCCCUCGUUGGCACUGGCCACGACAGCGGGGAGCUCUUUGCCGCCUACCAGGACGGCGGCCUCAUAGAGCGGCUGGCGGCUGCCGAGGAGGAGGUCGCGCUUGUGAAGAGGAAGCUGGCGGAAGCUGCCAGCAGCCAGGAAGCUACCAGCGAGGCUCUCUCCGCCAGGCUGGCGGAUGCCGACUGGGAAGUGGCCAGGCUGGAAGCUCGCCUGGGGGAGGCCAACAAGUCCCACACUGUGAUCGAGGACGUGCUAUCGCGGCUGCAGUCUAUCAAGAGCGAGGUGGAGGACCUAAAAGCCGCCCACAGCGUGGGGCAGGCCACGCUAGAAGCCAGGGUACGCCAGACAGGGAAAGACAUGGCCGGACUGAUGGAGACUGCCACGGCGGGGGGCUCUGCUCUCCAGUCAAGGCUGUCAGAGGCAGAGGAGGAGAUCAGCCACCUGCAGGAGUGCCUGGGCAGCGACGAUGAAUCAAACAGCGAAGACGUCCUGACGAGGCUGCAGGAGCAGGAGUGGACCCUGGAGGAUGUGGAGACCAAGAUCAAGAACCUCAACGCGCGCCUCGGCUUCGACGGCGGCAGCUGCGAGAAAAUCGGCGAGGCAGAGGCUAGCAUCGACAAGCUCAGGGACUUCUUGGGCUUGCACAGCAACGACAGCGAAGACAUCGUGUCCAAGGUGGACGGCGUUGCCACGAGGAUGGGCAAAGCAGAGGCGGCCAUCAAGCAGCUGAAGGAGCAGCUGGCAGCAGCCAGCGGCGAAGAGGCUGUCAGCCAGGACCUCCUGUCGAGGCUGGAGGAGGCGCAGCGCAGCAUUGCAGAGCUGCAGGAGCAGGCACGCGCGCAGGACGCCACAAGCUUAGUGUUUGACGAUCAGAUGGGGGAUGCUGAGCGCGAAAUUGGGGCUCUGAAGUACGACGUGGCCACGUUGGGGCCGCUCGAUGAGAGGCUGGGCGCUGCCGAGGCCAGCCUUGCUAGUCUGAAGAAGGAGAUCUACGGAGAGGAAGCUUUCCCCGGCGGCCUGCUGGAGAGGGUGGGUGACGUGGAGGACGCGCUGGAUGUCCUGCCGAGCGACGUUGUCGGGGCAACUGCCCUGUCGGACACGGAGGCUGCCAUCAAGGGCCGGCUCUCACAGGCCGAGGAGACCGUGGCAGCACUCACACAGCGCCUGGAUGGGGCACCUUGCGGCGCCAGGCUGGAGGACCUCUCUGAGGAGAUCAAGGUGAUGAAGGACAGCAUGCAAGAGCUGGCAGAGGCGGCAAUCGUGGAGGCUGAUGCCGGCAGCAGCGCUGUGAUGUCAGGAGCUGCAGCGCCGCCGCGCGCCAUUCCUCUGUCGCCAUACAAUUGCGACAUCACGGUGCCCCUGAUGAAGCCGCGGCCUGCGCAGGAGCCGGAACCUGUGUCGCAGCUGCCAGAGGCGCCCACCCAGGCCUGGGGGAAGUAUGAGCCGGUCACUUCUGAGAAGAUCCAGGCCCUCAAGCGCACUCUGGACACUCGCACUCCCAGCGCGAUCCCGUUCACUGCCGCCGAGACACUCCCCUCUGCCGCCUCCGACGCCGGCAACAACGCAGACGGCAAGCCGGCAGCUGCCGCGCAGCUGCCGCCGCCAGUCCCGGAAGUCAUCGACACUGAGGAGGCUGCGCCAUACGCGGUGACCGAGGCGACCGCUGACGCCGCGCCGACGCCGCUGGCGGCCUCCUACACCAAGAUCAACCUAGCCGCGGAGUGGACGCCGGGCAUCGCCGCGGCCGCCGAGUCUGCCUUCAGCAUUCACCCUGACCACAUGCGACCCGUGGUGGGAGCGCAGCUGGGAGAUAGCGUUGUGGCGGAUGAGUCACUGGCGUCAGCAGAAGAGGAGGUGCAGAACGCCUCCUCUGAUGAGAUCAUCGCUGCUGCCGCCGAGGCGGCUGCUUCUGACAAGGGCCAAGACAUUGAGGUGGAGGAGGAGCGGAUUGACUAUGGCAGUGAAGAGGAAGCUGCCUUGGAAGAUGCGGCGGCAGAUGCCGCUGUGGACGCUGGCCUUGUGGUGCUGGAUGACUACGUCUUCAACUCGGACGACGUGGGCCGCUCUCUCACAGGCUUGAAGGCCAAGACCAAGAAGUUUCUGGACCGCGUGACACCACCUUCGCUGCGUCAGGAACAGUCGACUGGGCAGGAUGUCUCUCCUGCGGGCGAGUCAGCAGACAGCUUCAAGGUCGACGUGGACAUGGAUUUUGCUCUUCUCGACAGCGGCCUCUCAGCGGUCAACGGAUUCUUCUCAGAUGAUGUCCUUGCCGCCGUGCGGGACAGAUAUGGGCCAGAGCUCUUUGAUGAAGCUGCGUGGGAGCUGCAGGAGCCCCUUGUGCCGACUUCUGCUGACCCCGGCAGUUUGAUUGAUGUCAGCGACGACGAGGCUGAUGAUGUCAGCGGCGAGGAGGAGGAGGACGAUGUCAGUGAUGUGAAGGAUGGUGAUGUCAGCGACGGCGAGAGCUUUUACGUGGACAUUGACAUGGAGUGA